CUCGUAUUUUAUUUGAUUUAUGACGACUUUCUGAAAUUCGAUCGAUUAAUGAUUUCAAUUUGCCUUUAUAUGGUAAAAGUAAAAUAUUGAAUAGUGAAGAGACUUCCGCUGAAUGAGGAAAGUAAAAGGAUUCCAUCCCCCCUCAAUGGCCGCCAAGGGUCUUUCCCACUUUUUCCAGAAGGAUAAGGUAAUUUUUUGUUAUUUGCACCAUCUCAUGUCAUUUCAAAUUGAGUUGAAAGUUCGUUAAGUUUCCGCCUCCUUGAUAUUACAAGUGUUUGUUUUGCUUCUGUGGGACGAUUUUGCAGUAAUAGCGAGAGAGGGUAUCGUGUAGAUCGGACCCAUUUUGUUCUCGUGCUUACAUCUUGUUUAAUCAAUCAUUUUUCAUCUUUUAGACGUUCCGUCCCAAAAGAAAACUUGAAGAAGGAACAUUACGUUAUGAACUUCACAAACAAUCCAAGGUUCGUUGAUAUUGAAACUGAACAUACCAUGUAGUUUGACUCUGCCGUCAUGUUUAUUUUAGUGAACCUUCGAAAAUGCUGAAGCUGUUGCGUUAAGUAUAACUAAACAUGUUUGUCUUUGAAAGGCUUCAUUGCACUCCGGCAUCAAUUUGAAAGAAUGCGUGAAACUCCCAGAUGAUGAAGAUUUGAACGACUGGGUUGCUGUUCACAGUAAGUUUAUAAUUAUCGCGUUACCGGUUUUAUCAAACUUUCACAUCUUGUUUAAACAAUCCUCCUGAGAUUAUGCUCUUCAUUUAAGAUAAUGCUUGAUAAACUUCAUCUUCAGAUACCAAACUUAAUCUGAUUGCGGAUGUACGUGUGCUGUGGUUGAAGUUAAUUCAGUGGAACCGACUCUUUCUAAUAAGCACAUUAGGAUACAGUUGCUGUGAUUAUUUUUUCACUUUUUAAAAAAAAAUGUUUUCCUCCUCUUUUCUUAACUUCCCUUAUUUUAUCUAUGAUUACUGUACUUCUUGACGAAUGUAACAUGGUAGUAGGUUCUUUCUUCAAUGCUUUGAUUGGACACAGCACAAGUGCAAAACUGUUAAGAGGCCGAAUCAAGGUUAUGAUGGUUGAGGAGAGCUGGUCGUACUUUCAACAAUUAUGCAUGUUUGAAAAACAUCUGCCAUGCAGUAUCAUCAAAAAUCACAAAUCACCUCACAAUCUGAAUCUACUCAAAAUUGGGCAUGUUAGUUGGUGAUGGUUUUUCAGUUUGAUCCAAGCUCAGAUACAGUGCAGUGUAGUUUUUUUGUCAGCAACUGUCAUGGGAAAAAAUAGACAGCCAAAAUUGUGGUAAUAAUUGUAUCAUUUUGAAGUAGAAAAUGAGGAAUAAAGAUAAUAGAUAUGGGGAAAAAACUGAAAACAUGGCUUCUGUAAGCAAGAGAUGGUAGCCAAAUGUUUUAUUGAAGAAGACCAUUAUUUUUUACUGAGUAAUGGUGGCACAGUAAGGAAAAAUUUAGGAGAGCAAGAUAUUCAAAUAGCAAGCUUCAUAAAUAAAUUUGGGAGAAGGCUAAGCACCAUUUAGCUGCAUUUGUUUAGUGCAUUUCAUUAUUUCAGCAAACUAUAUCAUCAUAAUCUGCAACUGUGCUGCGUCUAUUGCAAAACAUGAUAUUUCAAAAAAACAUGAUAUUUCAAAAAAAGAAAAUUAUGCCAUAAUUACGUGGUAAUGAUAGUUUGCUGCUCCAAAUUAAAAUUCACGAUAUUCUAAUGAUGUUAGAAUAUGGUGAAUUUUAAUUCGGAGUGAAAAACUAUUAUUACCAUAAUUGUGUAAUUAUGGCAUAAUCUACUUUUCUUUUUUUACACAGUUGUGGAUUUCUUUAAUCGCAUUAACUUGAUUUAUGGAGCAAUUGCUGAAGUCUGUACUGAUGAGAGUUGUCCAACUAUGUCUGGAGGAAAAAGGUGCAUAGUGUACUGUAUAUAAAAAAUACUGUGGUCUGCUUAGGUCUUCCUUAGCAAUUACCCUACGACUUUCAAGACCUGAUUCACAUUUUCUUGUAAAUCAGGCACAAAAAAUUGAUGUUAGAUCAAAAUAACAACUUUUACAUGAUAAAUGUAAGUAUUCUCAUCACCUUUUUUGCUGGACACUGCAUGGAUAUUAUAGGGAGAAGUUACAUGUUAAUCUCAUCUGGAAGUUGAAGGGUGAAUAUGUUCUUUUCCUCCAGGUAUGAGUACCAUUGGUGUGAUGGAGACAAAUAUAAAAAACCAACUUCAGUUCCAGCUCAGGAGGUACAUGUAUUUGUGUUACCAAUUGCAUUGUAUUUACUUAAACUUGAGGUGCUUGGACAAUGAAAACCAAUCAGAGAGUAGAACUAAAAUAAUAUAUUCCAACAGUACAAAUUGACCAUCAGUGGAAAGUUUUGGUCUGAAACAUUGAAAUCUCCCUGCACAUAAUGACCAGUGAUAGUACCACAACUACAGUGUUGGUGAGCUACCAUGUUUAACCCCAGAUAUCCUAAAAUUGAGAACUUGCACACUGAUAUAAGGUUGUGAAUGGUUAAAUUUUUUUUUGAAAUCCUAGCCCCUUCUCAAACCCAGCAUUGAUGAGAAGUUUCUAUACAUGUUGAUUAAUUGUGUUAUACAUUUUUGUUUGUUUUUUGUUCAGUAUAUCUCCUUGCUGAUGGAUUGGGUGGAGAGCCAAAUUAACAAUGAGGAUAUAUUCCCAAUUGAUAAAGGUACAGCAAUAGACCAUUUGCUUGUUGCAAUGUUUGUCCUGCAGAAAUAAUAAUAAAGAUGUGAUCAUGGGCAGUGGAUAAACAAUCCUCCAAUCUUGGCUACCAAAUUAGCAUUCGCUCAUCCGCUCUGACAAAGGAAAAAUGCUCGAAACAUUAGCUUUGAAACUCCUUACAAUGGCUAAUUUACAUCAUCAACUCAGUUGUUAAUACCAAAUUGCCAAAUUAACACACUGCAAUUAUAGUAUUUUUCAUUUUGACUGGCUUUACAUCUUUAUUUCAUCUCUGACACCUUUUGACAACAGUGUGUAAUUAACAAUUGGUUCAUACAUCGGCAUGCAUUCAUCAAGAUAUGAAGCACAUGGGAAGUUUAGAGAACAAGAAGGAUGCGUAAGAGUUGCUCGAGGCAUAGCUGAUAGCAACUCUAGCUUCUUAAGUGCUCUCCAAACUUCCCAAGUGCUUCAUAUCUUGAUGAACACACAGCUGACGUAUUAACUAAUUGUUUUAUAACAUUUUGAACCUGAUGGAAAAUGUUUUUUCUCGAGGGAUUUGUUUGCUGAUGUCAUGAGCGUGCACAAUAGGAAUAUGAAGCACACUUGUGCAAUUGAAUUUGAUUAGACAAAUUUACUAGCUAUGUUAUAAUGUCACUUUGUAAAUAGAUUUCUGCAAGCAAUUUACAUGUUUCCUAAUGUUGGAAAAAUGUCCUCCCUCCUUCAAACCCUUUAGAUUAAGAACAUUGAUAAUUGGUUAUAACUGAAACUUAACUACUGUAGCUUGAUGUUAUAAAUAUAUCUACGCCUGAAUUUGCCCAAAAGAAAUAAGCAGGAGGGUAACACUUAGUUCUCCUCAGGUCCCUGGAGGUUUUAUACAAGAUUCCAGACAUUUUUGUCAAUUUGAUAUCCUGUACAGCUUUAAAAAAAAUAUUCAACUUGUUGCACAGGGGAAUGAACAUUGCAAUUUGCAGACAAUGGACAAAAAUACAUCUAAUUUCCAAUGCUGUGGUAAUUUCAGAUGUUCCAUUUCCAAAAACAUUUCUUCCAACUUCCAAGAAGAUCCUUACAAGACUCUUUAGGGUGUUUGUUCAUGUUUACAUCCAUCACUUUGACAAAGUACAAUCCUUAGGAGCUGUAAGUACAUCCAGUUAUCACAUUGCACAAUAAAUAUUUAAAGGCCAACUGCAUUGAGGGUAUCAGUACCUACCAUGAAACAUGUAACCCAAAUAUUGGUUUUGCAUGCUUCUCCUGUUUUCCUGUCUUUAUCCUCCCUCUUGUUUUUUGUUUUUGUUUUCUCUAUUUCAUAACCUCAUCUGUUUUAUUUUUGCCUCUGAUCUACUUUCAUGUUUUGUUCAUUUCUCAUAUUUCAUUCCCCUCCUCUUCUGAUUUCUCUUCUUAACUUUAAAUGUGCAUCAGACUGUACUUCAUAGUCAUCCUGCACUCAGUUGUAAUUCAUUAAUAAUAAUAACAGGGAUGUAGAUAAUAGCUGGAAGCUAGGAAAAUUACCUGGCUGUGAACGCGAUUUUUCCGGCUGUGAAGCACUACUUUUUUCUCCAAAAUGUUUUUAAAUAUUGUCAAAAGAUUGUUAUCUAUUUAUUUCAUUUGUUUACACUUUCAAAUCUAAGUACAGCAUGCCAAAGGCACGCUAGAGUGGGCCCUCGGCCCAAAUACCUACCUAUCAUUGCAAGAUUCCUGCCUGUUAGCUACAUCCCUGAAUAAUAAUAAUAAUAUAACAUAUAAUGGUGUUAAUAACUGCAACAACAUCUAUUAUAAUUAACCAAUGAAUCAAACACUCUAAAUAGUUAUUAGUGGUUAAAAUCCCGAGGAAAAGGGAGUUUACCAGUUACCAAUUUAAAAAGCACAGCCUAGUACAUGUAGUAAGGUAGAUUGCUGGAACCAGAAUCUCCAGAUUGCAUGUACAGUACCCCAGUUGCUCCAUUAAGUACCUUCAUCAGAAUGCUGAAAAGGGCUUGACUAUCAAAGUUUUCUUUCAGGAAGCUCACGUAAACCAGUGUUACAAGCAUUUCUAUUAUUUUGUUACUGAGCUUAACCUUGUGGACAGAAAAGAGUUGGAGCCUUUGGUAAGUGGACUGUGACUGUUUGUGACACAGCCAACUAGCACCUCAGGGGAGUGGGGAUGACUCUCAUUGAACUUGUUGAGUGAUUUGCAUCUAAUUUCUCCUUAUUAUAUCAAACAUUUAUUAAAGCCACAAGAAUACAGCAAAUGAAGCUCUUGAUUGUUACACAAAUUCUCCAUGUUGGCACCCUAGGAAAUGUUGAGCGAACUGUAGGGAGAAUAUGCAUACUGAUGUUGGGGGUGUAAAGGGUGAAUUACAUUGAAUUAUUUGAGUGUAGCAAUGGAUGGAGUGCAAUUGUUGAACAGUGUUUCAUGAGUAAGACGCUUGACUCUUGCAUUACCUUCAAUUCUCUUCACUUAUUUUUUGUUCAUUUAUUUUUUGUUUGCAGAAAGCAAUGACUCAGAAGCUGUGUUCCUGACAUGAAGGAAUAUAUUUGAGACUAUUAUUAGUUGUUUGUAAAUAGAAUACACGUUUCUAAGGUCGCAAUGAUAAUUCCCCUCUGUGAAGUAUUCGACCUUUUCCAGGCUUCAGUUGGUUAAACGGAGCGAAGUCGUUAAAGACGCGACAUAUCCGGAAGAGCGAAAUGGAGGGAGGCCUAGGUCGGUUCGCGACCCGAUCCAAACUUCCCUCGUUCCUUUACUCCCCCGCUACUAUCGUGCCGGUUAUCAUCAGGCUUUGUGUUACUAACUAAACGGCUGGAACAGGCUAUGAAGUAUUUAAUGAAGUCAAAAUUACGCUUUCAUAUGAAAAUGAGCUUUUAAUAUGCAUGCAUAUUUUCAUAGAUUGAAAAUUAUAUCAUCUUCUAUCAAUGAAUACAUUCUUACAAAUUUGAUAGUCAGUUGUUUAUAAGAAAAUCUGGAUUACGAAGAAACAGUAUUAAGCAUUAAUAAAGAUUACCUUGUUACUAAUUUUCAGGUGGCAAGAAUUAGGUAUAUCAGCAUAUGUUGAUUCUUUAUGAAAGCUGGAGAAAAGUUUCUAACUAUUUUCAGAUUUUGUACUUUCAUUAAGUGUCGAACUUUCUUAAGGGUGAUUCGUUAAAUAAAACCUUACUCCACCUCCAUUGAUUGCUUUAGAUAAUCGGAUAUUGUAUAAUAGUUUUUAAAAGGCUCACUCCGAGAUCGGGCACUACUAGUGCAUUCGAAGAACCCUUUCUGCGUCAGACUACGAGCCGAGACUGCGAGCUGUUAGACCUCUACUCUUCCUUUUACGGCGAAGUCCUUCGCACGAGUCAAAACAAAAUCGUAAAAAAAAAUAAUAAAAUAGAAAAUGAUGAUACUGCGCCUUGCGAAACUCCCGAGGUGCUUC